GAUAGACAGGCUGUGUAUAUGGGAGUGCUCUGUAACUGCAGCCCUACAAAUUAUACAUAAGAAAAAAAAAAAUAACAACAACAAGCAAAAUAAACACCAAAUGCAACAACAUCAAGACAACCUCUUAACAACAACCCAGGCUUAAAAGGAAACUAGUUUUUGGUUCUGUCUUUUUACCAAAUUUUAUAUAUUUUUUUUCCCCCUAAAUAUUUGAAGUCUUAUUAACCAGACACAUCUUGUUUAUUGAUUGGGAAAGAAAACAAAACUAUGAACAGAAGAAAGGUGACUAUGGGGCAUAUGAAGCCCCUAUAGGGUUCAAGGAAAGAGACUUUUUUUUUCAAUUACUUUUAUUAUUUUUUUUUUUUUCUGGUUUGUUGCUGCAAAAAGAGGAGUAAAGAAGAGGCAGCAUCUGAAUGAAGAGUGACUGGGUGAGGACAGCUUGGUGGAGUUUGGGGUCAUUGCAAGAGGAUUGACUAUGGAGGGGAUCAGCUUUGCAUAAAGUGGAUUUUGUUUUCUUUUAAAAGGGUGGGGGGGGGGACAUUUAAACCCCCAUCAUUUUUUUUCUCCAAUACAAUAUUUUCUGGAUUUAAGGACUUUAUUAUGGAGACUGUAAGCAGGAGCAGCUUCCAGCCCCAUCCAGGUCUGCAGAAGACCCUGGAACAGUUUCACUUGAGCUCCAUGAGCUCUCUGGGUGGCCCGGCUGCUUUUUCAGCCCGUUGGGCUCAGGACCUGUACAAAAAGGAGAGUGGGAAAGAACCAGAACCGGUCCUGCACCUGCCCGUCCAGCCUCCCCCGGUUAUCCCCGGGGGGCCUCUCUUUAUCCCGUCUGAUCGUUCUACCGAGAGGUGCGAGACUAUCCUGGAGGGGGAGACCAUCUCAUGUUUUGUGGUUGGUGGGGAGAAGCGCUUGUGUUUGCCCCAGAUCCUUAACUCGGUGCUGCGGGACUUCAGCCUCCAACAGAUCAACUCGGUGUGCGACGAGCUGCAUGUGUACUGCUCCCGGUGCACCGCGGACCAGCUGGAGAUCCUGAAAGUCAUGGGCAUCCUGCCCUUCUCCGCGCCCUCCUGCGGCCUCAUCACCAAGACGGAUGCCGAGAGGCUGUGCAACGCCUUGCUGUACGGAGGGAGCUACCCACCGGGCUGUAAGAAAGACUUCCCCGGCUCCCUGGAGCUGGAACUCAGCGCUAAGAGCUUCAGGGUUUACCACGAGUGCUUUGGCAAAUGCAAAGGUCUGUUUGUGCCAGAGCUCUAUACCAACCCCAGCGCUUCUUGUAUCCAGUGCCUGGACUGCCGCCUCAUGUACCCACCGCACAAGUUUGUGGUGCACUCGCACAAAGCGCUAGAGAACAGGACGUGCCACUGGGGCUUCGAUUCUGCCAACUGGAGGGCAUAUAUCCUCCUGGCACAGGAUUACAGUGGCAAAGAGGAACAGGCCAGGCUGGGGCAGCUGUUGGAGGAGAUGAAGGAGAAGUUUGACUACAGCAACAAGUACAAGAGAAAAGCCACCAGGAUUUCAUCAGAACCUGUUGCUAAAAAAUCCAAGGUUGAUGAUACAGUAAUCCACUCCCCAAAUUCUGCAGAGAAAGACAAAUCAUCCAGUUGGUUACGAAAUUUGUCCAACUCCAAGAAUACUGGGUAUGUCCAUCCUCGACAGCGACUGUCUGCUUUCCGGCCCUGGUCCCCAGCCAUUUCAGCAAAUGAAAAAGAACUCUCCACCCAUCUACCAGCACUGAUUAGAGAUAGCUUUUACAAUUACAAGAGCUUUGAGAAUCUCGUUGCUCCAAAUGUGGCACUAACACCACCUGCCCAACAGAAAGUAAUCACAAGCCCGCCAUGCGCCCCAGCCGUGCCAAGAAACACUCAUACAACAGGCAGUCCUGCUCAGUCACGGAAACGAAGGCCCACGGCAGAACUGCCCACGGUGCCCGAGACACCAGCCCCUUCAGUGCCCAUCAGAGAAGAGGAGAAAGAGUCUGAAACAGAGAUUGAGGUGGAAAACAGAGAAGAAUGUAAGUUUACCUCUUCAUUGUCUUCACUGUCUUCUCCCUCCUUCACGUCCUCGAGUUCGGCUAAAGAGUUGAGCUCUCCAGGUAUGGUAGCUCCAACUGUGAUCAGCACUUCAUAUGAGAUGGUAUCCCACAGCGAUCCUCAUAGCAGUGGAUUAGAGGCAGAGUUGGAACAUCUAAGGCAAGCGCUAGACAGUGGUCUUGAUUCCAAGGAAGCCAAAGAAAAGUUCCUUCACGAAGUAGUUAAAAUGAGAGUAAAGCAAGAAGAGAAGCUUAAUGCUGCUUUGCAAGCCAAGAGGAGUCUUCAGCAGGAACUGGAAUUCUUGCGGGUGGCAAAGAAAGAAAAGUUAAGAGAAGCGACAGAAGCCAAACGUAAUUUAAGAAAAGAAAUUGAGCGCUUAAGGGCAGAGAAUGAAAAGAAAAUGAAAGAGGCUAACGAAUCACGGUUACGCCUGAAGAGGGAGCUAGAACAAGCCAGGCAAAUUAGGGUGUGCGACAAAGGCUGCGAAGCUGGCAGGAUACGAGUGAAAUACUCUGCCCAGAUUGAAGAUCUGCAAACAAAGCUCCAACAUGCAGACCACGACAGAGACCAGCUCCGGGCAGAUCUAACUCUAGAAAGAGAAGCCAGAGAACAUUUGGAAAAAGUUGUGAAGGACCUUCAAGAACAGCUUUGGGCCAAGUCUAGUAACCUUCCCAGCAGUGAACACACAAGGAAAGACAUAGAAAAUUAAAGAAAAAAACAAACAAACUUUUUUUAUUAAAAAAACAUUAAUACCUUAUCUAUUCAUAUACAGAAUUCUAUGUAUAUGCGCAGGAAGGAGGAGGAGAUUGUGCGAUGUAUGCAUGUAAAGAUGCAUGUGUGUGUGUAUGAGGUAGUGUGCGGUGGGGCACACACAAAUAAAUAUGGACUUUCUCAAUAGAUGGAGGGAAUUUGUUACUUUAUACAACAGAAGCACUGAACCAUGCCUCUCUGAACCUACACAGCACACCAUCUUACUGUGCCUCAGACAGUGUGUUUAUCAGCAAGAGUCCUUUUGACUCCCUGAAGAAACCAUUUUUUGUCUAUUUCUAAUCAUCUACAAUUGAUCAGCAGCAUUCAAUUAAAUCAAGGUUUAUAAAAAAAAAAAAGCAAGCAUGAGCAACAGUUUUUACACUGAUUUUUUUUUUCUUCUUUUGCUUGCUUGGAACACUUUGGAAUUUACAUUUUUUCUUAUAAGCUAUUUAAUAUAUAAAUAUAUAUUAAAACGAUGAGAACAUUCUAAAGACUUGAUAUUGAAAAAAAAAUGUACAAAAAAAUAAAUAUAGAACCUAUCAAACAAGAUUUUUGUAUAACAGACCUGAAAAACCUUGAUGCACAAUUUUAACUGACUUGUUACAGGAUUUGGAAUUUCUUUUGAAAAUUCUCUCAACUACCCCCACACCCUAGACUUCAAUGCCAUAUGUAUGUCGACUGUGCAAUGUAUUUUGUAGCAAGCCAUCAAUAAUAACCUUUGUCAACUGGACUCUCCUGCAGCAAUUAAGUUUUACAUCAGACCAUGUUUGGAAUUAUUCAAAAUGCUCCACUUUUUUUAUUUUUAUAUAUAUAUAUUUUUAUUGUUUUUAUUUUAAUUUUUCUUCAGAACUGCAAAAGAAGGACAAGUGUAUCUGCAUUUGUAUGGGAGGGUGAAAAGACUGGUAAACUGAUUUAAUGGAACUGUUCAGCCUUAAAACCCAGUGUUUAUGGAUAGUAACAUACCGAUAAAGUGUGCAUGGGCAUAUGUUCUGGCCAAGACUUGAUCACAAAGUGAAAAUAUCUGAAUAGAACAAAGGAUAUGCCUGGGCUGCUAAAAAGCUUACAGAAAGGAUCUAGUAUUAGGAAUUCUUCUAUCAUUUGCAAUCGGUUCUUAGUUUUCUGGUUAAACCUUUAUUCUUUGUUACAUCCAAUGUAUGUUUUAUUUUUGCUCAGUUCAGUAUUUUUUGUAUCAUGUUCACCUCCCGCAUUUGUAUGCUUGCUGGCAAUGUAGAAUGUUAUCAAAACCUAUAGAAAGCAGAAACUCUAUUGCUGCUAUAUAUGAAGCAACAUUGUUUACCCAAAAACUCAAAUUUCUAUAAUUUGGGAUAGAUGCAUGAUCACCAAGGGAAAAAUGCAGCGUUACUUUUUUUUUAAAUUUUUAUUUUGUUUUAAUAUUUUUUUAGGUUAUUAAUUCUUUUAAAGAUAUGUAUAUAAUUCAUUUUUUUUUUUUUUUUUUUUAAACCUGCACUUUUCCAUUAAUGCAAAGUAUGAACUGUUCCGGAUAGUUAAACAAGAAAACUAUUUACCAUAAAGCACAAUAAAAAAUAUGCAAUAAACCUUGCACAGAGAAUAGAUAACUCCCCUCCUGUUUUUCUGACUCUCCAGCAUAUCUGUUCUGUACUUAUCAGUUCUGAGGUGCUCUAUACAAAUUAGUUUUAAACUUAAAAAUGCUUCUAUUAAGACCUUAUCAUGGAGAUUAUCACAGACGUAUAUUUCUAAAAAUGAAAUGUUUAUUAAUAUUCCUAUAAUAAAUACAUUUAAAAAAAAUAUUAUGUCCUAUCCUCAAAUUAUAGUUAUUUAGUUGCAUUAAGAAAGUAUUUUUGUGAAUCCAGUCAAAUGCUCAUUAAUACGUUACCAUGUUCUAAACAAUAAAUUGGUCGAACAACUUAUAUGCUAAAGUUACCAUCAAGACAGUGCUGGUUGUUGUUUAUUUGAAGGUGUUAAGUGUAUUACAAGAUGGUAUCCAGCUCUUGAAUUGGUUUUGGGGGAUCAUUGGUAAGUGACUGUAUUGGAAAUUAUCCACUAUGGAUUUUUCCAGAUUUAAACCUACUGCAGUUGUUAAUAUUACUACUUGGGGGUAACAUCAGAUACAGUUUAGUUGUUACAAUGUAGUAAAACUUACAACUGUAGUAACAUCUGGACCUUAGUAGAUAGCGAAUCUAGUUGGAAGUUUAAUAUAAAAAAGAAUAGGGCACCAAUAUAGGUAGAUUGUAAAUAAUCCAGCCUAAGGGAAACUGGCAUACUGCUUGCAAAUUCUUAGUCUUAUGAUUGAAGUUCUAGUUAUCAAUUCUUCGGUUUUAAAUGUUUAAAAUUGUUAUUUAUAUUGUUUUAAUUGCUUUUUAUGUUAUUCAGCUGCAUCUUUUAGUUUUGUCUUUAUGCAUCCUUUGGGGCUUCUUGUUAACUGCAGCUAUUGCUAAAUACGUACUGAACUAGUCUUUUUUUUUUCUUUCUCAGAUAGCAUGGGAAAUGUAUGAAUUACUUUCUAGGAUUUUUUUACUUACAAUUUUCAUUUUUUUAAGAUUACACAGGAUGGCGGACUAAAAAAAAAUAUUUUCCUAUUUUUUUUUUUUAAUUAUAACUGGUCAUUUGAUGAUUUGACUACAAGAGCCAUGUUUGAAGAAUUACUGUAUUCUCAGAAUUUAUAUAAUCUUGACUGCUUUGGUUUACCUUAAAGGUGAAUAAACGUCUUACCGCAAAAAUCCA